CGCACGGACAAGGGCGGCGGCGGCGGGACUGAGGAACGGCGACACCCGCGGCCCACAGGCAAUGAUGAAGCUUGCUCUGAACCGCUGCAGUUCUGCUGGGGAUGGAGUUCCAGGAUUUGGAUGCAACAAUGAAGAAAGAUGGGCAAAGCGUCCACGAAUGCAGAAUGGCAAGUCCACUACAGAUCGCCAGAAGAAGAUCUUCCAUGAAUCCUUUGAGCAACCACCGAUAUAUGUUCCCGUCCUCACUUACAUGGGCUAUGGAAUCGUCACCUUGUUUGGGUAUUUGAGAGACUUUCUGCGCACCUGGGGCCUUGAGAAAUGUCACGCAUCACAGGAGAGAAAAGAGCAAAAGGAUUUUGUGCCACUCUAUCAAGACUUUGAAAAUUUCUACAAACGGAACCUGUACAUGAGGGUGCGUGACAACUGGAAUCGGCCGAUCUGCAGUGUGCCCGGCCCAACGUUUGACUUGGUGGAACGACUCAGUGAUGAUUAUAACUGGACGUUCAGGUACACAGGAAGGAUCAUUAAAGACGUGAUCAACAUGGGCUCCUACAACUACCUGGGAUUCGCUGAAAACCAAGGGGAUUCUUUAAACUCUGUGGCCGAGGUGACGGUGACAUACGGGCCCGGAGUGUGCAGCUCCCGGCUGGAAAUGGGUAACCUUGACAAGCACAUUCAGCUGGAGGAGUUGGUCGCCCAGUUUUUGGGAGUCGAGGCAGCAAUGACAUUCGGCAUGGGUUUCGCCACUAAUUCUAUGAAUAUCCCGUCCCUGGCUGGCAAGGGUUGCCUCAUACUGAGCGAUGAGCUGAACCACACGUCUCUGAUCCUGGGCGCACGUUUGUCGAGCUCGACCAUCCGGGUUUUUAAACACAACAAUCUGCAGAGCCUGGAGAAGCUGCUGCGAGACGCAGUGAUCAGCGGACAGCCCCGCACCCACAGACCCUGGAAGAAGAUCCUGAUACUGGUGGAGGGAAUAUACAGCAUGGAGGGUUCGAUGGUGCGUCUGCCAGAGAUCGUGGCACUGAAGAAGAAGUACAAGGCCUACCUGUACUUGGACGAGGCGCACAGCAUCGGGGCGGUGGGGGCCACAGGCCGGGGCGUGGUGGAGUACUUCGGAGUGGACCCGGUCGAUGUGGACGUGCUGAUGGGAACCUUCACCAAGAGCUUCGGGGCCACUGGGGGAUACAUCGCUGGCAAGAAGGAGCUUGUGGAUUACCUCCGAGGCUACUCGCACAGUGCUGUCUACGCUGCUUCCAUGCCUCCACCAAUAGCAGAACAAAUUAUCAGAUCACUAAAAUGUAUCAUGGGCCUUGACGGGUCAACUAUCGGUAUCGAGCGGGUGAGGCAACUGGGCAUCAACACACGCUACUUCAGGCAGCGGCUCCGGGAGUUGGGAUUCAUCACCUACGGCAACGACGACUCCCCCGUGGUGCCCCUGCUCCUCUACAUGCCGGGAAAAGUCGGUGCGUUUGCCAGAAGGAUGCUACAGAAGAACAUUGGGGUAGUGGUGGUGGGAUUCCCCGCCACGCCCAUCGUUGAGUCCCGCGCUCGCUUCUGUCUCUCCGCCGCCCACACCCGCCAGAUGCUUGACACGGUGUUGGAUGUCCUCGAUGAAAUGGGCGACUACCUGAGGUUCAAGUACUCCAGGCGGGCCCCUUCUGUUCGGCCCGAACUCUACGACGAAUCCAACUUUGAGCUGGAAGACUAGAGCUCCCUCCGACCCGUGAAAUGUGGGACGAGAAGGGGCGACGGCCGAGGGAGAUGGCGGCGGCACGGGACUCCUCUUCGACGAGCACGGACCAGGGGAGCAGAGCGAGAAGGGCGGGCGGACAUCCCCAAACCCACACCGGGAGGACACAGUAGACCUUUGGCCAACACGCCACCAACACCCAUCCUCUGGUACAGUGUGGUGGGGUGGGGUGGGGUGGGGUGGGAUAGGGAAGGGGAAGACUCUGAAAACCUCGUUUGACCUGCUGCUCAUGUUCUUUCUGCAGAUGUUCUUUGUUCAAUCACCAUUUUUUGCCUUUUCGGAGUCUUUUUUUAUCAAAAAAAAAGAAAAGAUAUUAAAAAAAAACACAGUUAUUGUUACUCCGAGCAGGCAUUUGAAAUGUAUAUUUAUCUUUAUCUGUGAUUACUACAAUAAAUAAUAAUUCAUGAAUUAGCCAAAACGUUAAACUCAGGCAUGUUUAGGUGGGGUUGGUGUUGUAUAUUCAAUCACAUGCACUUGGACUCUCAGGGUUCAGUCCGUAGAAUGGGAGGGAAAUAGAUGUUUUAGACGGCGGAAAUGUUGCCAAAGAUGAAUUACCUAAUCAUUUUGUUGAAAUGUUGAAAGAGAAAAAAAUAUAUAUGUAAAUACACAGAAAUUAUAAGUUUUGUAAACUUUUUUCCUGGGGGGGGCUCCUUUUGAGCCUCGUUUAAACAAAAAAAAAAGAAA